UUAUCCAUUCGGCUGGAUCAGGCGUCCAUUCUCAUUGCGAGCGUCGCUCAGCCUUCAGCGCCACCAGCCACCGACUCCCACGCGCCAUGCCUCAAGCUCUCGUAUCUGCUCCGCCUCCCUUGCAGGCGCGCGCCGCCCAAGCUGUUGCUGCUGCUCGGCUUCCGACGGCCGGCCGCUAUUCCGUCUCGCGCCGCCUGCCAUGCUUGGCCUUCCGCGCAACCGGCCGCCAAUUCUCGGCUUCUCGCCGCCGGCCGCGCCCACCGCCACUUGGCCUUCCGCGCAGCAGCCGCCUUAGCUUCCCGCCAGGCUGGUCGCCGCCGCGAGUUCCGGCCGGCCCUUGCACCCACGGCCCCGCCGGCCCCGGCAUGGGCGAGGGCAAAGUGGUCCUGUGUGGAAGCCGUCGCUGGCUCCAGAUGUGGCUCCACCCCAGGAGCUGCUGCAAAAAACAUUCGUUUGGGAGAGCUUCGCCUGGAGCUGCUCGCAGAGCCGCGCAAGAAGCCCUCCCAAACGGGGUCUUCCUAAUAGGUGGAGCUGGAGCUAGAGAUGGAGUUGGUUUUUUAAGUUUCAUCAGCUCCACUUUCUCGCAGUCUUGGCACCACCUCACGUUCCGUACACAGUGAUGCCCUACGAAAACUAUCCUCCGGCCUCCGGAUGGGACCGAUGGGUGAUGGCUCUGCAUCCGCUGAUCCGCCUCCGGCCUCCCCUACGAAAGCGACGUGCCAUCGAGGACCGGCGCUUGACUGUCCUCGGCUCCUCGCAUGCAUGCGAACGAACGGACAGCCCGGCCCGCCAGAGAAGUGGAUCUGGCUGGCCAGGUGUGAGCAGCUGCGAAGGCGCCACCUGUCAGUGAGUGCCUGAGAUUUCCAGUAGCAUCUUCUUCUUCUUUUUUUUCCUAAGAGAAACUUGGCCAAGUAGCGAGUCAAGUGCCCGCUCCUUUGGACCCGGGCCGGAGCCUUGACUGGCUGCGCCAUUUCCUCUCGCCACUGUCUGCAUGCAGUGAUGUAGGAACGAGCGCACUACUGACCUCCUUCCCCCACCGUCCCUGAUAAAUCCUUGGCCGGUUCCUUCCAUGGGCUUCCAUUUCCACAAAGAAGGACAUGCGUGACUGCAUGAGCAGUGAACGAACGCCACCCAGCCCUGCAGAUCUGUAGAGAGGAGGAAUCAGUAGAUUGAGACAAAGUAGUUGGCGCGGUGCGAGGAUGGUGACCAUGAAGCUGGGUUCCAAGCCGGAGAUUUUCGUCCUCGAAGACCUCACAUGGAGAUGCACCACCGAACUUGAGAGUGAUGUUGUUGUCGAGGUAGGAGAGAUGUCCUUCUACCUCCACAAGUUCCCGCUGCUGAGCCGGAGCGGCGUGCUGCAGCGGAUGAUCAGCGAGUACCAGCCCCCGGCGGACGGCGGCGGCGGCAUGUGCACGCUGCAGCUGGACGACAUCCCCGGCGGCGCCAAGGCGUUCGAGCUGGCCGCCAAGUUCUGCUACGACGUCAAGAUCGAGCUCAACGCGCUGAACGUGGUGUGCCUCCGCUGCGCCGCCGAGUACCUGCGCAUGACGGACGACUACGCCGAGGGCAACCUCAUCACGCAGGCCGAGUCCUUCAUCGCCGAAGUGCUCGCCAACUGGAAGGACUCCAUCAAGGCGCUCGAGACAUGCGAGGGCGUCAUCCCCACCGCCGAGGACCUGCACCUCGUCUCCCGCUGCAUCACCGCGCUCGCCUCCAAGGCCUGCGCGUCCGACGCCGCCGCGCCGCUGCUCAGGAACGCCAGCGUCGACAAGGACGCGCUCUGGAACGGCAUCCGGUCAGGGGACACGGCGUCCGCGGCGUCGGCGUCCGGGAUGGACUGGUGGUACGAGGACGUGUCCUUCCUCAGCCUGCCCAUGUUCAAGCGCCUGAUCCAGGCGAUGGAGGCCAAGGGCAUGCGCGACGAGAGCAUCGCCGGCGCCAUCAUGUUCUACGCGGGGCGCUUCCUGCCGGGGCUCAAGCGCAACACCAGCUUCAGCAACGCGCUGGCCAGCUACGGCGCCGACGGCGGCGGCGGCGGCAUGAGCAGCCGGAACAUCACCCCGCGCGCCGCCAGCGUGUCGGCGCCGUCGGAGGGCGACCAGAGGUACUUCCUGGAGGAGAUCGUGGCGCUGCUGCCGACGAAGAAGGGCGUGGCGUCCACCAAGUUCCUGCUCGGGAUGCUGCGCACGGCAAUGCUCCUCCACGCCAGCCCGCUGUGCCGGGAGAACCUGGAGCGGCGCAUCGGCGCGCAGCUCGAGGACGCGUCGCUGGACGACCUGCUCGUGCCCAACCUCGGUUACCACGUCGAGACGCUCUACGACAUCGACUGCGUGCAGCGGAUCCUGGACUACUUCAUGUCGUCGACGGACGGGAUCGGGACGGGGUACACGUCGCCGGCGCUGGCGGAGGACGGCGGCGGCAGCCUCGGGUUGCCCCAGGGCGGGACGCCGUCGACGUCGCUGUCGCCGAUCACCAUGGUGGCCAAACUCAUGGACGGGUACCUCGCGGAGGUGGCGCCGGACACCAACCUGAAGCUGCCCAAGUUCCAGGCGCUUGCCGCCGUGGUGCCGGACUUCGCGCGCCCCGUCGACGACGGCGUCUACCGCGCCAUCGACAUAUACCUCAAGUCGCACCCGUGGCUGUCGGAGUCGGAGCGGGAGCAGCUGUGCCGGCUGAUGAACUGCCAGAAGCUGUCGCUGGAGGCGUGCACGCACGCGGCGCAGAACGAGCGGCUGCCGCUGCGGGUGGUGGUGCAGGUGCUCUUCUUCGAGCAGCUCCGCCUGCGCACGUCCAUCGCCGGGUGGUUCUUCGUGUCGGACAACGCGGCGGGGGGUGACGGCGCGCGCCCGCACCAUGGUGGCGCCAUGGUCCCCAAGGGCGCCGCCGCCGUCGCAGCCAGCACGCAAGCAGAGGUGGACACCGACGCGGAGGACGACGCGCCCGACGGUAAGGAGACCAUCACCGACGUGAAGGCGCGGGUGUCGGAGCUGGAGAAGGAGUGCAAGAGCAUGAAGCAGGAGAUCCGGCGGCUCGGGAAACCCCGGAGGUCGUGGAGCCUGCUCACCAGGAAGUGCGGCUUCGGGGCCAAGGUGCAACAAGGGCAGCCCGCACUGCCGAGCAGCAAAUAGAUCUUUCACCUCUUCAGUUUGUUUAGGCACCCAGGCCUUAUCUUCCGUUUACCAGUAGUUUUCGAGCUAGCUAGCUCUAGUACUAUUAUGCAAUAAUUAUGUUAUUAUGCUUUGCAAGGAUUUAAUAACGUAACUUGAGCAGAGUGACAGUGAGCAAUAUCUUUUUAUGUUUCUGUUGUUA